GGUUUUCUUCCUACCUUGCAUCUCUUCUCCCAGACCGAAAGGGGAAGGCAAAGGAGACGGAGCAGAACGAAAGGGGAUGGAGGGGGCAGGAAAAGCUCAUCCGGAUUGCAUCAACGCCUCUAAUCCCUACCACGAGUGUGUCGAGUACUGCUUCAAGCGAAUAGCCGAAGCCAAAUCUCACGCCGAUGAGGGGGAGAAUGAGGAUAGCUCGAAGGAGCCGGAAGAGAGAACUGUUCAUCCGGAUUGCGUUAACGCGUCCAAUCCCUACCAUGAGUGCAGCGAGUACUGCUUUAAAAGGAUUUCUGAGGCGAAGGAUCAAAUUGAGAGGAAUGAAUCAGACAUACAAGAGGAUGACAUUACUUCAUCCUUCAAUGGUGCUAACCAGAAUGAUAGUGGUGAUGCUCAUCAUGUCCAGAAUGAUCCUGAAUCUGGAAAUCCUAAUCUCACUGAGAAGCAGAAAAAACUGUUCGAGAUGAGGCUUAAGAUGAAUGAAGCAAGGAAGGCCAAUCAGAUGGCAAUGGUAGCUGAGAAAAAGAAAAUGGAAGCUCCAUCAGAGGCAAGGGGCAUUUCGAAGCAAAAAUGGCUCGAGGAAAGGAAGAAAAAGAUUGGAAAGCUGCUUGAUUCAAAUGGCUUGGAUAUGUCUAAGGCCUACAUGCUUGAUACACAAGAGAUGGCUGAAGCUAAGUAUAAGAAGUGGGAAAAGGAUCCUUCACCAUAUGGUUGGGAUGUUUUUAACCAGAAAACACUCUACAAUGCUCACAAAAAGCGGGUAAAGAACAUUGAGUGUGAUAUGGAGGCAUAUAACGAAGCAAAGGAAGCUGAUCCAGAGUUCUAUCGUGAGGCUUCUAGUCUUCAGUAUGGCAAGGCAACCAAAAUCCCUGAGGAAAACAUUGACCGAAUGGUAAAGGAACUUCAGGACAGGGAAGCAAAGCGCAAGUCAUUUAGCAGGAGGCGGAAGUUCCACGAAGAGAAGGACAUUGAUUCAAUCAAUGAUAGAAACGAGCACUUCAAUAAGAAGAUCGAGAGAGCCUUUGGAAAAUACACUCUGGAGAUCAAGAACAACUUGGAAAGAGGAACUGCUUUGCCUGAUUAGUCUAGCUCUUUCAUGACCUUGUAACAUAUGCUUUGAUCUUACAACAACACGAUUGGUACGUAUCACCUGAGAGUGAAAUCUAAGUCAGGAAUGUUGAGGGUGAUUUGGUUCUUGGUCUGCUUGUGAUUGAGCAAAGACUCACUUGGAUGUUUGAUCUUACAAAUCAGAGCAGCAUGUUUAUGGAAUAAUUUGUGCCGGUAGAAUAGCAUCAGGGGAGUGUUAUGUUUGGAUCAAAUUGAUAUCAACUCCAUAAAACAUAAAAAAAUUGUGUACAAUACAUUCUUUGGAAUGGUACAUUUAUAUUCUAGGGCUCUUGCAGAA